AUGUACCAGAGCUUAGCCAUGGCGGCGAACCCCGGCCCCCCGGCCUACGAGGGGGCAGGUGGCUUCAUGCACAGCGCGGCCGCAGCGUCCCCCGUCUACGUGCCCACCACGAGGGUCACCUCCAUGCUCCCCAGCCUGCCGUACCUGCAGAGCGGCGGCUCUUCCCAGCAAGCAGCCCCUGUCUCCAGCCACUCCAUCUGGACUCAACCCGGAGCCGAAAGCGCCGCUUACAACCCCGGAUCGUCCCACCCGCCCGUGUCACCUCGGUUCUCCUUCUCCACCAGCACCCCCAUCCCUGCCACCUCUUCCCGGGAGGCUGCGGCGGCUUACAGCAGCUCCUUGAGCCUUUCUGCUAACGGGAGGGAGCAGUACGGCCGGGGCUUCGGCGGCUCCUACUCCAGCCCGUACCCCGCCUACGUGAGCCCCGAAAUGGCCACCACCUGGACUUCUUCGCCCUUCGACAGCCCCAUGCUCCACAACCUGCAGAGCCGAGGGACGCCCGCGGCCGCCCGGCACGCCAACAUCGCAGAAUUUUUUGAUGACUAUUCCGAGGGGCGAGAGUGUGUCAACUGCGGGGCCAUGUCCACCCCGCUCUGGAGGAGGGACGGCACGGGGCACUACCUCUGCAACGCCUGCGGGCUCUACCACAAGAUGAACGGCAUCAACCGGCCCUUGUUCAAACCCCAGAGGAGGCUGUCGGCCUCCCGCCGCGUCGGCCUCUCCUGUGCCAACUGCCACACGACGACGACCACGCUCUGGCGCAGAAACGCCGAGGGAGAGCCCGUCUGCAACGCCUGCGGGCUCUACAUGAAGCUCCACGGGGUUCCACGGCCUUUAGCGAUGAGAAAAGAGGGCAUUCAAACAAGGAAGCGUAAGCCGAAGAACCUUAACAAAACAAAGACGCCAGCAGGUCCAUCCAGCAGUGAGAGUCUUACCCCGACCACCAGCUCCACCAGUAGCAGCAGCAGUGCCACAACCACCGAGGAAAUGCGCCCCAUAAAAACAGAACCAGGGCUCUCAUCUCACUACGGGCACCCCAGCCCCAUUUCUCAGGCAUUCUCAGUCUCUGCCAUGUCUGGACAUGGAUCUUCAAUUCACCCUGCGAUUUCAGCCCUGAAGCUUUCCCCGCAGGCUUACCAGUCAGCCAUCAGCCAGUCUCCACAAACCAGCUCCAAACAGGACUCCUGGAACAGCCUGGUCUUAGCUGAAAACCAUGGGGACAUCAUAACUGCAUAA